AUGGCGCCUAAGCUGUCAAGGAUCGAGCGAAAGGAGCUGGAAAAUACCAUUAUCAGUAAGUAUCAGGGCAAGCAUAAGAUGACAGAUAAGGAAAUAGCCAAAGUAUUUCCACAAUGCACGACAAGAACUGUCCGCAACGCCCGAUCAAACAUCAUGCGAUAUGGCACGAUUGACCGCCCCCCGAAACCAUUUGGUCGACCACCAGAAGUCACAGAAAACAUGUGGAUGGCCAUUUGGUACGAGUUACGACGACGUCCUAGUUUGAGUCAACGAGCCCAAGCGAACUUUCUUUAUAAGUUAUAUGGCAUUCGUGUGUCAAGAUCCACGAUCGGUCGAGGCGUAAAGUGGACAAAGAAGAAGAUGAUUACUAUUGCCAAAGAACGUAACCGAGAUCUACGAGACGAUUUUAUACAUAGACGAUCCCUUUUUAAGCUUAGGCAGCUGGUUUGCGUUGAUGAAUCCGGCGAUGACCGUGAAGUAGCGAUACCUAAGAAGGGAUACGCUCCAAAAGGCGUGCCUCCCAUUCAGAGAAAGCCAUUUCAUCGAGGACAAAGAGUUUCCUUCCUCCCUGCGUAUACUAUAGAUGGGGUAAUCUAUUCUGAGGUGUAUGAAGGCACUACGGAUCUGGAGGUGUUCGAGUCUUUUCUCGUAAAUCUUUUGCCACACUGUGGCAGGUACCCAGAACCACGAUCGGUUGUAAUCAUGGACAACGCAGCAUUUCACAAUAUCUCCCAAACGGUCAAAGACUUAUUUGCCGAAGCCGGCGUGUUAAUCGUGAAACAGUCGCCAUACUCUCCAGACUUAAAUGCGAUUGAGUACUUCUUUGGUUCGCUUAAGAACCACAUAGAAAGCCGGGCUCUAGAGGACGAAGACCAUAUCCGCGGGGACUUGAAAAACUAUUUACGGAUAGAGAUUAAUACUAUGGGACGAGGUGAAACUGGCAGGAAAUGGGCAAGGGGACAUUUUAGAAAGGCACAGUUCUAUAAUGAAGAAGACCUAGAAUAA